UGUGAUUGAAGAGCGGAGCAGAGGUUGAAGAACCCACCGACCACCUGGAUUAAGCUAAUUUAAACGGUCGAUUUUAGCCUUUUGACAUUAUGCAUUUACUACAAGGUUAGCAGAUAGAUAGUUAUCCACAGUCUCAGUACAGCACGGUACACCAAUACAGAAAGGGAGCUAGCUAGCUAGCUAAUCCUCUGUUUCUACAAGAUGUCUAUGAGGACACUUCCUCUGGUUUUUAUUAACCUCGGUGGAGAAAUGCUCUAUAUUCUGGACCAACGUCUUCGGGCUCAGAAUACCGCCGAUGAUAAUACACAGAAAGGUAAUCUGUAACUAGAUUAGCAUAGCUAGCUACUGAAAUCAUGUUAGCAGCCCACACAGUAGGCUGGCAAUUAAUCCUGACCCUUUCUAAUUAGCCUAACUAGUUAGAUGACUACCCUCAGCCACAGUAGUCACAGAUUAAUAGGGGAAACGUAUUCAUCUGUGCCGGGGUAGGCAACCCUGGUCCUGGAGUGCCGCACUUCAUGUUUUGAUUUAACCAACCUGGAAUCUUUGAACUGAUCAAUUAGCUCAGUUGGUCAGGUGUGGUGCCUCGUUGAAACUAAAUCCUGCAGUACCUGCGGCACUCCAGGAACAGCGUUGCCUACCCCAGAUCUGGGCAAUUCCAUGGUAACAGAGUGAUGCUGAGACUCAGAUGUUUCACUUUAAAAUGUAUGUCAAACAAAAACCAAUGAUUGCAAAGUUAAACAAACAGUAAAGCUCUAUGCACAAUGACUACUGUUAACAAUUUCAACAGAACAUUUUACAAAAACACAUUUACUUAAAGAACAGUGCAGAUGCAAAAUUUGGUAACAGAAUUAUGGUUUGGGCUGCCAUUCUGUUACCAACCUUUGCAUCUGCACUGUUCAAGUAAAUGUUUUUAAAAAAUAGUCUCAGCAUCACUCUGUUACCAUGUCACUCUGUUACUUUGCCCAUCUUUAAACCUAUGAGUUAAUUAAAGUAUAUUUGGUGUAGUAGCAGUUUGAAUUUAACCAUCUUUCCCCCCCCCCCAACAUAUUAUAUUUGUCCCCUCCUUGACAUGUGUAUUUCCCUAAACAUCACUUUAUUGCAGGUGUAUGGUCAGAGGAGGACAGAAAAAGAGGUAUCGUCCUAGCCAGUCAGAUCCCUCUCCCCAUGUAUCCUAGCUGUAGCCUAUAUCCUGUACUACUGUAUUAUUAGUCAGUGUAGCCUAGGUCCAAUACAUUAGUGAAAGAUGUGACUGGUUCAGAAAGCUUGUCAUACAAGACAGCACUGCAAUUAUAUGAUGUUCAACAAUCUUAUAUAUUGGACAUGCGUUGAAUUUAUAAAAUUAAGUAUUGCUGUGUCACAUUUGCUCAAUUUUAGAUUCCUUUCUGUACCUCCAUUUUAUCACCUUUUUUUAAUCACCUAAAAUGCAUUCUUAACCAAAUAGUUUAACUUUUUAUUUUUUAUUUUUUUAUCCUUCAUAAAUUAACUGUGUUUCUGUCUCUGUCCUAUCAUGUCUAUAGUUAUGAAUGACAUUGUUGCCACCAUGUUCAAUAAGGCCUUUAUGGAGGAACUGCUGAAGCCUCAGGACCUCUACAGUCAUGGGGCUCUGAGAAGAGUGCUAACACGACUAGCCCAUGCCUCCAUCAUGAGGCUCAACCCCGCCAGCAUGGAUAGGGUAGGCAACAUACUGUAGACUAUAGCCCCUAAUUCGAAUAAUCAAAGCUUAGAAAUUACUUGGUGAUUUAAAGCCUCCAUGCAGUCUGUUUUAAUGUAAUUUUUAAAUAAUCGCUGUAUGGCUAAUAAAUAACUUUAUUUCAUGAAAAUAACGGCAAAUUUAUUUUCAUUUUUUGACAUUUAAAUGCUUAGUCUGAUCGUGUGGCCUUGUUGAUACAAAUUUAAAUAUAUUUACAUACACAGCCCUGAUUGGCGGAUAGAAUUGACCCUACCCAGCUAUCCCCUUCAAAGUAGGAGGAUACAUAUGCAAAUAAAAGAUGACUGGUCAUUGGUCAGAAUAAUCAGAUCAGAUUGUGAUGUCAUGCUAUGGACCAAAAACCCCAUCCCACCUGAACAAGCUGAAAUUCCAGGAAUUAUUUUCAAAAAGCUCUUGCAUUAAAAGGGCAUUAUCAUUUUCACAAUUUCAGAGUGUUACGUUGACCUCAGAGUGUAAAUAAUAUAUAUAAUAAUCAAACAGGAAAAAUACGUUUUUCACUGCACUGCCCCUUUAAAUCAGCUGUGUAGUGCUAGGGGAAAAACUAAAUGUGAAACGCUGCGUCAUAUCCCUUUUAGCCUCGACCCCUAGGCCCGUCAACCGGCCCCUUUCAAAUAUGAGGAAAUUAGAAAGAUACUAUUCAUCAUAUUUUGCAUUUAACAUGCUGUCAUUUGUGUUUUCUGUUAUCUGCUGUUUUCUGUGUAGCUUUAUGAAUUGAUGGUGAUGGCUUUCAAAUACCAACUCCUGCUAUGUCCACGUCCCAGAGACCUGCUGAUUAUUUCAUACAAUCACAUAGACACCAUCCGGGAGUUUGUGAGAGACACCCCCAGUGUUCUCAACCAAGUGGACGAGACACACCGAAAGAUCAUUGAGGUAGGGGCCUGUCACUGGCACUCUAUUCCCUAUAUAGUGCACUACUUUUGAUGAGGGCCCAUAUAGCCAUUUUUUUUUUUACAAGCAAGUGUCAUGUUCGAGUGAUCUGUGUGCAUGCUCGCAACAAAAAGCCCUGUAGCAGAUAGCUAUACACUGAUGUCGGGACCUUGACAAACUUAGCACUGAGUGAGUGAUGACCAUGAGAACACAAGACUGAUGGCUAUAGCUAUGCUCAACAAGUAUUUUAUUCUUCUGGCUUAUCAAGCUCUAUUUGUGAUAUUUUGCCUCGCUAGAUUGCUAGGUAAUCAAUCCUCUGAUUACAUCUGUGAUGUUGUAGACGAUAACCAUCUGAUUACAUGUUUCAAAACUUGCAUGAGCUGCAUCUGGAGUCAGAUGUGAUCUUAUUUACUUCUAUGUAAACAAAAAUGGUUUCUGAACCGGAACUGCACACUCAACUUUUCAUGACACGGCUGGGAAAUGGGUCUAUAGGGCUCUGGUCAAAAGUAGUGCACUAUGUAGGGAAUUGGGUGCAGCCUGAUUCAUUGUGCUCCCGAGUGGCGCAGCGGUCUAAGGCACUGCAUCUCAGUGCUUGAGGCGUCACUACAGACCCCCUGGUUCUAUUCCAGGCUGUAUCACAACCGGCCGUGAUUGGGAGUCCCAUUGGGCGGCGCACAAUUGGCCCAGCGUUCUCUGGGUUUGGCCGGUGUAGGCCGUCAUUGUAAAUAAGAAUUUGUUCUUAACUGACUUGCCUAGUUAAAUAAAGAUAUAAAAAAAAGAAAUGGUGACAGAUUACAUGCAUGCUUUACCUAAACUACAGAAAGAUGAUGGCCUUCAUCUGCUGUCUCACCCACGUCCUGCUUGUGAUGCCAAGCUAAGUCUGAUGUACCCUUUUUUUCUACUCUUCCUGUUUGCUAAAGGUGUACACACCCUUGUCUGAUGGGGAAUUUCAACUCCUCCGACAAACGCUUCUCAUAUUCCUUCAAGACAUGCAUGUCAGGGUAAGUCCCUUUUUAUCUUUAUCGGCUGUUGAAAACUAAAGAAUGUUAUUUCUGUAUAAAAUACAAUUAUUUCCAUGCAAAUAGAGUAUUUUGACCGAUUCUGCUGUUGAAAAAAACGAACGGAAAAAACAUGAGUAUUGUCUCUACCAGGUAUCACUUUUCCUCAAGAAUAAAGUACAGAAUCCCAAUGGACGCUUUGCUCUCUCGACCACAGGCCCAGUGCCCCAUGGGAUAGAAGUCCCUGGGUUAAUCAGGUAAUCUACUUAGCAGUAGCCAAUGUGGAGUCGCCAGAAAACGCUAAGAUCUGGUUUUCAGGGAUAUAGAAUUUUCAACCUAACUUCCAUUUCCCCUGAAAAACGGAAGUGGGAACUCCGCUCAGGCUUCUUUCCACACCUGCUACGUUAGGUUAACUUGGCAGUAACGCGACAAGGGGGUGUUAAACAUAUUUGAACCACUAGUUAACGGAUCAACUCUAUCUGGUCUCCAUGAGUAGUGUUAUGAUGAGUUUCUCAGGUAUCAAGUAAUUUAGAAUGUAAGGAUAUACUUAUACACUUUUGGUGGGGAGGUCAUAUAAGAUAUUUAAUAGGUACCAUGGUUCGUUAUAACAGAAGACAUAGCUUUGCCUCUUGCUAUUCCGAACUCACCUAGAACAAAGAACAUAUCUCAGCUUAUAUACACUCUGUUACACGUUUCUUCACGAACAUCUGGUACCCAUCAGUGGGCACUCCCUCCUUUGAUGUUAUUACCCUUUACCCCAAGUCAGUGUAUCCUGUCCAUCAAUCAUUCUAAGAUCAACAUCAGUAAUCUCCUUUGACAUAAGGAAUGCAGACUCUGUGGCACCAAGUCACUUAUCCACUAACUCUAACCUUGUUUCCCAUAACACUAUAAAAACCUCAUCAAGUAGUGACUGAGAGGUCAUAUAGAAAUGCAUGUAAAGGCCAAGAGGAAUUUUAUUGACGGUCAUGCAUUGCAUGCUACAGUUAGUGGUAGUAUUUUGAUAGUCUGUUCCUUUUUCUACUAGCUCCCUUUUUAGAUGCGUUUCAACCUGAAGACAUCAAUGUAACCAAUCUGAAUUCAGGGUUUCAUCUCUGACUUCCUGUUAUCACAGGAUGUUUAGUAGUAAUGGGAAGGAGUGGAAGAGAUGGGAGUUCCCCACUGGAGGCAGUUACACCAGCUCCAUCCGAGUGGGCUCCUUUGAGCGGUUUGGGGAUAGAGUCAUCCGAAUUGGGACAAAUAUGUAAGUAGCUACCUACUUCACCUGGCAUGGAGGCUCGACCAUUAAAAUGCCUCAAAAAGCCUGGGUAGGGAGUUGGAAAUCUAUAUUGGCUGUUUGUUUUAAAACCGAUAUGUAUCUGUUGAAUUCUAACAGGUACAGUGUGACUCAACCAGAAGAAACUCACACAUCCGAGAACUAUUCUCAAAAGGUAGAACCCUGAACACACUUCAUUCAACUUAACAUGCCCUCAUUUUUGUCAUCAGGGACAGUAUGUAUAAUGUAUCUGAGUAGGGGUGCUGAUUUAGGAUCAGUUUAGCCUUUUAGGACCUGAUCCUAGCACUCCUACUCUAAAAGGCUUGAUCCAUACAGCCCCAGGUAUGCAUGCUUACAAGCACAGUAAAGACUGCUGCCCUCUUAAGGCACUAGCACUUACUGUACAAUUCUUUUACUUUUUCAUACUGGUCCACCUUGGGAAUUGAACCCACAACCCUGGCAUUGCAAGCGACAUGCACUACCAACUGAUCCACACGGGACUUACUCUCCAUGGGGGGCAGUAAGCCCAAGUAACCCAGGAUGCAUCCCAAAUGGCAUCCUAUUCCCUAUAUAGUGUCAUUUGGGAUGCAUCCCCACUAUAUAUAUAUAUAUAUAUCUAACGAAAAAAUUAAGAGACCACUGUAAAAAUAUGUUUCUCAGGUUUUACUAUUUAUAGGUAUGUGUUUGGGUGAAAUUAACAUUUUUGUUUUAUUCUAUAAACUACUGACAACAUUUCUCCCAAAUUCCAAAUAAAAAUAUUGUCAUUUAGAACAUUUAUUUGAAAGAAAAUGAAAACUGGUCAAAAUAACAAAAGAUGCAGUGUUGUUAGACCUCGAAUAAUGCAAAGAAAAUAAGUUCAGGUUCAUUUUAAACAACACAGUACUAAUUUUUUAAUUUAGGAAGAGUUCAGAAAUCAAUAUUUGGUGGAAUAACCCUGAUUUUCAAUCACAGCUUUCAUGCGUCUUGGCAUGUCUCCACCAGUCUUUCACAUUGAUGUUGGGUGACUUUAUGGCACUCCUGGCAGAAAAAUUCAAGCAGCUCGGCUUUGUUUGAUGGCUUGUGACCAUCCAUCUUCCUCUUGAUCACAUUCCAGAAGUUUUCAAUGGGGUUCAGGUCUGGAGAUUGGGCUGGCCAUGACAGGGUCUUGAUCUGGUGGUCCUCCAUCCACACCUUGAUUGACCUGGCUAUGUGGCAUGGCGCAUUGUUCUGCUGGAAAAACCAAUCCUCAGAGUUGGGGAACAAUGUCAGAGCAAAAUGAAGCAAGUUUUCUUCCAGGACAACCUUGUACGUGGCUUGAUUCACAAAGACAAAUCUGCCCGAUUCCAGCCUUGCUGAAGGACCCCCAGAUCAUCACCGAUCCUCCACCAAAUUUCACAGUGGGUGCGAGACACUGUGGCUUGUAGGCCUCUCCAGGUCUCCGUCUAACCAUUAGACGACCAGGUGUUGGGCAAAGCUGAAAAUUGGACUCAUCAGAGAAGAUGACCUUACUCCAGUCCUCUAAGGUCAAAUCCUUAUGGUCUUUUGCAAACCUCAGCCUGGCUCUUCUUUGCUUCUCAUUGAUUAAGGGCUUUUUUCUAGCUUUGCACGACUUCAGCCCUGCCCCUAGGAGCCUGUUUCGAGCCGUCCUCGCCGUGCACUUCACCCCAGCUGCCGUUUGCCAUUCUUUUUGUAUGUCACUUGAUGUCAUCCUACGAUUGUUGAGUGACAUUCGAAUGAGUUGGCGGUCAUCCCGGUCAGUAGAGUCGUUUUCACCCUCUGCCGGUCUGUAGCUUUGUUGUCCCUAAUGUCUGCUGCUUGACCUUGUUCUUAUGAACCGCCGUUGUGUCCUCCUCCCAGAGUGCGAAGAGCCUUGGCGUGACCCUGGACAACACCCUGUCGUUCUCCGCUAACAUCAAGGCGGUGACCCGAUCCUGCAGGUUCAUGCUCUACAACAUUCGGAGAGUACGACCCUGCCUUACACAGGAAGCGGCACAGGUCCUAAUCCAGGCACUUGUCAUCUCCCGUCUGGAUUACUGCAACUCGCUGUUGGCUGGGCUCCCUGCCUGUGCCAUUAAACCCCUACAACUCAUCCAGAAUGCCGCAGCCCGUCUGGUGUUCAACCUUCCCAAGUUCUCUCACGUCACCCCCCUCCUCCGCACACUCCACUGGCUUCCAGUUGAAGCUCGCAUCCGUUACAAGACCAUGGUGCUUGCCUAUGGAGCAGUGAGGGGAACGGCACCUCCGUACCUUCAGGCUCUGAUCAGUCCCUACACCCAAACGAGGGCAUUGCGUUCAUCCACCUCUGGCCUGCUGGCUCCCCUUCCUCUGCGGAAGCAUAGUUCCCGCUCAGCCCAGUCAAAACUGUUCGCUGCUCUGGCACCCCAAUGGUGGAACAAGCUCCCUCACGACGCCAGGACAGCGGAGUCACUCACCACCUUCCGGAGACAUUUGAAACCCCACCUCUUUAAGGAACACCUGGGAUAGGAUAAAGUAAUCCUUCUACCCCUCCCCCCCCCCCAAAAAAAAAAAAAAAAAAAGUAUAAUUGUAAAGUGGUUAUCCCACUGGCUAUAGGGUGAAUGCACCAAUUUGUAGUCGCUCUGGAUAAGAGCGUCUGCUAAAUGACGUAAAUGUGCCCUUGAGCAAGGCACUUAACCCUAAUUGCUCCUGUAAGUCGCUCUGGAUAAGAGCGUCUGCUAAAUGACUAAAAUGUAAGGAUGGAAGCAACCUGACGCUCACUGUAUCCCUCUGCCAGUAAAGCCAGAAUUGAACCCUUCUUUUCCUCACUCAAAACUUUCCUUUUCAACUCUUUUGGCAUGGUCAAAAGUAAUUUUUUGAUUAAUAUUACUUUUGAGGUACUAUUAGCACUGUUUUUUCCAUCCAGCUGGUCCUAUUGCAAGAGGAUAGUGAUGACCACAGCAGUGGUUUUUAUACAUUUCCUCGUUAAAUAAGAUUUGGUUCAGGUGAUCACCUAAUCAGUACCUAAUUCAGUAGAAUGAGGUGUGCCUGUGUUGGAAUUCAACAGACACUGGAAUGGCUGUCAUGCAUGUAGAGAUGCUGAUUUAAGAAACAUUUGCAGUGGUCUCUUAAUUCUUUCCAGAUAUACAGUGAGGGAAAAAGUAUUUGAUCCCCUGCUGAUUUUGUAUGUUUGCCCACUGACAAAGACAUGAUCAGUCUCUAAUUUUAAUGUAGGUUUAUUUGAACACUGAGAGACAGAAUAACAACAACAAAAAUCCAGAAAAACGCAUGUAAAAAAUGUUAUAAAUUGAUUUGCAUUUUAAUGAGGGAAAUAAGUAUUUGACCCCUCUGCAAAACAUGACUUAGUACUUGGUGGCAAAACCCUUGUUGGCAAUCACAGAGGUCAGACGUUUCUUGUAGUUGGCCACCAGGUUUGCACACAUCUCAGGAGGGAUUUUGUCCCACUCCUCUUUGCAGAUCUUCUCCAAGUCAUUAAGGUUUCAAGCCUGACGUUUGGCAACUCGAACCUUCAGCUCCCUCCACAGAUUUUCUAUGGGAUUAAGGUCUGGAGACUGGCUAGGCCACUCCAGGACCUUAAUGUGCUUCUUCUUGAGCCACUCCUUUGUUGCCUUGGCCGUGUGUUUUGGGUCAUUGUCAUGCUGGAAUACCUAUCCACGACCCAUUUUCAAUGCCCUGGCUGAGGGAAGGAGGUUCUCACCCAAGAUUUGACGGUACAUGGCCCCGUCCAUCGUCCCUUUGAUGCGGUGAAGUUGUCCUGUCCCCUUAGCAGAAAAACACCCCCAAAACAUAAUGUUUCCACCUCCAUGUUUGACGGUGGGGAUGGUGUUCUUGGGGUCAUAGGCAGCAUUCCUCCUCCUCCAAACACGGCGAGUUGAGUUGAUGCCAAAGAGCUCAAUUUUGGUCUCAUCUGACCACAACACUUUCACCCAGUUCUCCUCUGAAUCAUUCAGAUGUUCAUUGGCAAACUUCAGACGGGCCUGUAUAUGUGCUUUCUUGUGCAGGGGGACCUUGCGGGCGCUGCAGGAUUUCAGUCCUUCACGGAGUAGUGUGUUACCAAUUGUUUUCUUGGUGACUAUGGUCCCAGCUGCCUUGAGAUCAUUGACAAUAUCCUCCAGUGUAGUUCUGGGCUGAUUCCUCACCGUUCUCAUGAUCAUUGCAACUCCACGAGGUGAGAUCUUGCAUGGAGCCCCAGGCCGAGGGAGAUUGACAGUUCUUUUGUGUUUCUUCCAUUUGCGAAUAAUCACACCAACUGCUGUCACCUUCUCACCAAGCUGCUUGGCGAUGGUCUUGUAGCCCAUUCCAUCCUUGUGUAGGUCUACAAUCUUGUCCCUGACAUCCUUGGAGAGCUCUUUGGUCUUGGCAAUGGUGGAGAGUUUGGAAUCUGAUUGAUUGAUUGCUUCUGUGGACAGGUGUCUUUUAUACAGGUAACAAACUGAGAUUAGGAGCACUCCCUUUAAGAGUGUGCUCCUAAUCUCAGCUCGUUACCUGUAUAAAAGACACCUGGGAGCCAGAAAUCUUUCUGAUUUGAGAGGGGGUCAAAUACUCAUUUCCCUCAUUAAAAUAAACCUACCAUUAAAAUUAUAGACUGAUAAUUUCUUUGUCAGUGGGCAAAUGUACAAAAUCAGCAGGGGAUCAAAUACUUUUUUCCCUCACUGUGUAUGUAUAUAUAUAUAUAUAUAUAUAUACACACACACACACUCAUUGUUCCACAGGUGAACUCCGAACCCAACCUCCUGGCUAAAGAGGAGCUGAACCUGCUGGCUCGACUGCUGGGUGGAAUGGAGGUUCAGAACCGAAACACUGAAACAGGGUUCCAGGUCAACCUCUUUGACACAGACCAAGAAGAAGAGGCGUGAGUUCUAUCUCUCACUACUAGUGCCUUAGUUCUUUGUUUAACAGUGAUUGUGAUACACAUUGCAGCAUCUUGAUCAUCUAUAAUUUGGUUUGAUCAGAGCAAGUAAUUGGUAUGUGUGAAGGUAUGAUAUUUGUCUUCUUCUACAGCGGAGCAUCAGGAGGGAAUGGGGAUCAGUCAUUCGAAGUGAUUAAUAUUCAAGCAACACAGGUAUGAUGGUAUUGAGUGAUUUCAUAGCUAUUACACACACCGAACGCGAUCUGCUGUUCAUCUGGCGUUUUGUUCGCCGCAGUGUGUUUUAGGGACCGUCUGACUGCUGACAUUUUCGUGCGAUUCUACAUGUCGAUCGGUUUGCACUCGGUUUGUAAAUUACGGCUGGCACUCUGUUCAGAGAUGCUAAGUACUCUCGGCCGGCAAACGCUACCUGUGUGUCCGUGCCUUAAGUUAUUAUAACAUAUCUGUGGUGCACAAAAUAGCCCGGCAACCUAGCAUCAGACUGACAAACCAAAGAUCACCAUGUCAUUGGUGUGUAUUCCUGCUCAGCUCUCUUACAAUCUCCACUAAACCCCAUUUAAGCUAAACAGCAUAUCUGUAUCAAGCAACAAUUGUAGUUCAUUAUCGUACUGCUUAUGCAUCAAAUUACGUGUUUUUUUUUUCUUCCUCUCAGGAUGUGCAGGUCAACACAGAACUGGCUCGGAUCGCGGGAGAGUUUACCGGGGAGCCUGAACAGACUGAAUUGCCGGAGGGACCAAGCAACAAGGGGGACGACCUGCUGGCCAUGAUGGAUGAACUUAUUGAACUAUAAUGUUGAUUAUGAUGAGGUUUUGGUGGGUGGAGCUAUACAAUCAGUAUUGUAGUUUGGGCAAGAUACCUAAUGUAGUUUGGGUGCCUAAUGUUACUGUGGGUAUCCACUAUACUGCUGCUGGUCAAUCAAUGCUUACAUACACAAACUAAACAUUACCUCUUAUGCCCGUUGUUGGACCAAAGUUUAAUAAUGUAUUACUUUAGUCAACCUUUUCAUCCAUCUGGUGGUGCUAUUCUGGUUUGUAGAUUAUAUUUAUACCGUAUAAUAUUAUAUUGAGUGCAAAACCAAAAGUGAAGCAUGAGGCUGUAAAAAUAAAUGAAAAUUAUUGUAGAUAUGAAUAGCUGUUAUGUUGUACAUAUCUCUGUAUAUUUGUAAUGUAGAUGAUUCUAUGAAGAAAAUAUUGUGUGUGUGUGUGUAUAUAUAGAAUAUUUAUAUAUAUAGUAUGUAUGAAAGUUUUAUUUUCGUAAUCAGUGGCACUAGUUUAUUUUGGGGAAUUAUCUACCAGUCAUUGAAUAUAAGAAGCAGUUGUCUUCAAUAAACCAACACUCAAGCCUAUUUUUCCACAUUAGUAUUUUUGUAGAUUUUCACAGAUCAUGUUUUUUUCUGAAGGAUCCUCAGAUCGCCAGCAGGGGGAGUAGUAACAUGCCAGCCCAGCAGAGC